GACGCACGUGCGCUCCUUACAUAAUGCAUGUCGUUUAUGCAUGAUUCCAUCCACUACCAGAAACUGAAUUUAGAUCUACUUGAAACAAUACAACUACAAGUUAGGGAUAACUACCUACUGAAAGUGCUUCCUGUUGUUAUAUAUAUUUGUACAAGAAGUGCAAUGGAACUACCACUCAUCUCCGCUCUCCUGGCCCUGGUCCUAAUCUCAGUGGACCUGUGCUUGGCCGAGUCUUCGGAACCAGAGAGGACCAUUGAAUACUACACUGAUAGGUGUCUGGAUGGAAAGUACCAAAAGGAUAAGCCUGGACCGGAAAGUGAUCUCUUCAGCCAGUGUACACCAUGGCGGGAUCGUUCUUGUUGCACCGAAGAAAUCUCAGAGGACCUUCACAUCCAGCCAUUAUGGCAUGACUUCAAAUGGAACCAUUGCGACACGCCCCUGUCGUCGUCCUGCGAGCAAUGGAUGAGACAGGAUCUAUGCUUCUACGAGUGCUCCCCCAAUGUAGGCCCAUGGCUUGUACCGCAUAACAUCAGCAUUAGGAAUGAGCGUUUUGAGCAUGUGCCGCUGUGUGACACCGAUUGCUCUGUGUGGUUCGAGGCUUGCAGGAAUGACUACACCUGCAAAGAUAACUGGGCUAAAGGAUGGGACUGGUCAUCAGGUGAGAACGAAUGCCCCGCCGAUGCUACUUGCGAGACGUUUGAGGCCAAGUUUGGGAAUGCCAAGAACAUGUGUGAGAAGAUCUGGAACAAGUCUUACACUGUAGUCCCGGCUGAUACUGACGCCUGCAUGACACUCUGGUUUGAUCCUGCUAAUGGCGGAAACCCUAAUGAUCAGGUUGCCCUUGCCAAGGCUCAGGAGCUUGUCGGAGAUGCCACUCGACCUGGACCACAACAGUAUGCAAUCUUCACCACUGCCAUGGCGGCUACGACAGUCCUUCUCGCCACUAGGUGGCUGCAUCAUUGACGAAGGCGUCGCCCUGUGAUACGAGGUGAUCUUGCCACACUAAUCUUCCGGAGCUGUACUAACGAAAUGACACAAAAAUGUCACUAGUAAUCUCAUUAUAGCAAGGGGAAAGGUCACUUACAUUACUGGCUUGACAGAACUUCUUCAAUGUCAUUUCUUUUGAAUUUUGAUAGAAGUAUCUGUUCUUUGCCAGUUACAUGUAUGUAACCUUUGCCUAGUAACCUUAAUUGUGUCUUAAUCAAACAUUUUAUUGCUUUGUCUUCCUAUUGUGACAUUUUGAGCAAUGAUUUCUGUUGAUCGUGAGAAGAAUCGGAAUGAUUCGAAUGUGAAUUUAUGCUGCAUAAUUUUAUUUGAUGAUGAUUAGGAUGAAGAUUUGGAGAGGGAGGAGGGAUGUUUUCUAUGGUGUGUGCUUUCUAUUUCUUCGGCUUUUCAAUGCAUUUCCCGGAGGCAAGUGUGUGUUUGUUACUGAUUCAUAUGGAAUGCAUGCUACACAUGCAUCGUGCCUGCUGUAGGUCGGGUUGGGUUUUGGAGCUGGAAUCCCAAGCUAAAAAUCACAAAAGAAGUUAAAAACCUCUCAGGGGGUUUGAACCUCCACCUUCAUGGACUUUGUAGGUGUCUUAAGCAUAUGCGCUCACUGAAUGUUAUGUGGUUACAUAACAGCUUGGUAGGUUCGCACUUGGGCUAUGUCCACAUUUAUUUGCACUCAAUUGACCCUUGCUUCACUGUUUUCAUUGUAUUUCCUUUAUUCGCCUUCAUCUUUCUCAUUUUGGGUUCCCUCCUCGGAAGGAAUGAUGAAUGAUUCUACAAAGCUCAACCCUCUGUUGCCCAUCCUUUGACAAAGAAAAUAACAGACACCGAAUCGAUUUCUUAGGUCGACAUUCGAUCUUAAAAAAAGGUAAAUCCAUCUCAUAGGCAUUCUUGAGAUUGGACAUUGCCCCAAUUUAGUAACACUAGUUAAGGACAUGUAGUUCAUUGAACCAUAUUUUGAAGUAUAUAAUGUUGAUUAUUACCACCCAGUGCUUCUUGGGUUCUUAAUGUAAGCCAUGGAUACAUUACAGCUAGUACCUCCUUGUGUUCAAUAAUAGACAUCAUAAAUACAUUACUGCCACCGAAAGGCAUGUUCUUUGUGUCUUUGUUUGUUCUUUGUUUCCACACAGCAGAUGGGAAGAAAGCAAGAGCAUUUCAAUCAAUUUUACUUGUGUUUAGCUGAUAUAAGGUGAUGGCAGAGAUGCCAACUGUUCUUUUUUUGUGCAGUAUUUUAUACCCAUUUUAACUCUUUGAAUGCUGAAUUCAUUUU